CGCCGGGCGGGAGGGAAGGGGAGGGACGGGGCGCCCGGAGCAGCUCCGCGGGCGGCGGAGGAAGCAGUAACAGUAGCAGCAGCAGCAGCACCGCCGCAGCGCCGAUCGCCCACCGCCGGCCAUGGGGUUUGGCCGCCCGCCGGCCCCCCGCGCCCCGCCGCUGCAAACUACUCUGUAUGGCUUAAAUGGACAUCAAAGUAUGUCUUUCUGCUGGAAUAUACAUCCCCAGAUGAUCUGAGCCUUGAUGAACUAACUUCAAGGAAAGAAAGAACCACAUCCUGCUUUCUGCAGUUUGAGUCCUUUCAUUAAUGGCUUGCUCCCACACAGAAAACUUGGAACGUGGAAAAUCAAGGAUCUAUCUUUCUUGAAGCCACAGUGGAAAAGACUUCCAAGCACCGUGAGAAGGGGAAAAGAAAUACCCAGCUUUGCCUUUUUUAAGUCUGUCUGGGGAAAACGAAGCUUCUUCCCCCAUGGACAGAGGUACUGCAGUCGGUAGGUGCAGCCUAGGCCCCAGGUGGUGACUGGCCCUGAGAGGGCCAGCAGACUCUGUCCUUGUUGCCUUAGCUUCCCCCCACGUUUUGCUCCGCCAGCAGCAAGAUGGUCACCGUCAGGAAAAGGAAUGUGAAGGUCUUCACAUUCGCCUUUGUGCUCAUCACGGUGACAUCGUUCCUGCUGAACUACAAGCACCAGGUGACCAUGACUGCUUGGGAUCCUAAACAUAUCAUCACUCAGUUUUCUGAACAAGUCAGAAAAUUCAUCAAAUAUCCUAGGAGGCCAUGCAGCUGUAGCACCUGUAUUUCUGAACUGGGACAUUCCCUUUGGUUCGACCAGAGGUUUAACUCAACUAUGCAACCUUUCCUGACCUCACAAAAUGCCUUGAUCCCAGAGGACAGCUACAGGUGGUGGCUGAAACUGCAGGGAGAGAAAUCUCCGAAGAAUAUUAAUGAUACUCUCAAGGAGUUAUUUGGGAUCAUUCCUGGGGAUGGGGACCCGCUGCAGGAGCGAGGCACUUUGACAUGCAGACGGUGUGCCGUCGUGGGCAACUCUGGCAACCUUCGUCAGUCUCAGUAUGGCCAAGAUAUUGAUUCCCAUGACUUUGUGCUCAGAAUGAACCGUGCACCCACCAUUGGCUACGAAUCAGAUGUUGGGAGCAAGACCACCCACCACUUUGUUUAUCCUGAGAGCUACAAAGAGCUGGCAGAAAAUGUGAGCAUGAUCGUGAUCCCCUUCAAAACCCUGGACCUGCGCUGGAUUGUCACCGCUCUCACCACAGGCACUAUCAAUUUCACAUAUGUUCCUGUUCCACGGAAAAUCAAAGUCAAAAAAGAAAAGAUCCUGAUUUAUAAUCCAUCUUUUAUCAAAUACGUCUAUGAAAACUGGCUUCAGAAUCAUGGGAGAUACCCUUCCACAGGCCUUCUUUCAGUGAUAUUUGCACUCCAUGUAUGCGAUGAGGUGAAUGUAUAUGGUUUUGGAGCAGACAGCAAAGGACACUGGCAUCACUACUGGGAAAACAACGCUUCAGCUGGGGCUUUCCGGCAGACAGGUGUCCAUGACGGGGAUUUUGAGUUCAACAUAACUUUGACUCUUGCCUCCAUUGAAAAAAUAAAGUUUUUCAAGGGCAGAUGACCCUAACCACAGGGACAAGUAGGGGCUGCUAUUUCCAACAUGCAGCAGCACAAAGCUCAGUGAAGAUGAUCUGGAUGCCAGCCAGGUUUGAAGGUGUGAAUCUGGAGUGGAUUCGGAGUGUCUCACUGCUGCAAUGCUCACCACAGGGAGCUCAGCCGAGGACCAGCUUCAAUGCUGCACUUGAUUUGCUGUCUACAGAUAGCUGGGAACUACCAAUCAGUUGUGGGAAUAAAUGACAUCCUGAAUCACUCCAUAGGCUCUCCGGUUUGAUUCCUGAAUUACUGGUGAAAGAUUUACGUGUUGCAAUUGGAGGACACCUAGGCACAGGAACUGCUGUUUGUAUGUCCAUUCUUUCCUUGAGUAAGGCAAGAAAUCCUUGAAGAACACUGAAAAUGUCUUUUGGGAUUUGGCACCUACUGGAGUAGCUCUGAACAUCAUAGUAAGGAUUACCUCAAAGAAAUGAAUUCACUUCUGCUGUUAAUCUUCUUUUUGAAUUCUCUUCUGUUUCCUCUAUUACUUCUGGUUUCAUGCACUAUAAAGCAAAAACGUGAUGAAAUUACCUGGAGUAGUAGCUGUUUCUACCAUUGCCACAUUCUGCAUUGAUGGCAUCUAGAAGAUACAGAUCGAAUCACCUAUGAUCAUUACUUAUUUAUUGUUGCUUCCUAUACAGCCAUAGUAAGAGAAAAAAAUGAUACUGAAAACUCCAGAAAAAAAAGAGAAAAAACAAAGGCCUUUCUAGCCUGUUUAAUUGUCUUGUUUAGUUAUAUAUAACUUUAAAUUUUUUUGUGUGUGAAAAUUACUCCAGAAUGCUUAUUUUUAUUUAAUCAGUUUGAGGUUCAAAAGUGGACUGUUUUCUCUUUCAGUCGUUUACAUGUGCCUUUUAUAGUUGUGCAACAUAUGUGAUUUUUUUUAAUGGUGACAAAUGGUACUUUUUUUUUUUAAUAAAGGGGAGGGAAAUUAACCAAAGUGUAGCCUCCAAGUGGUAUACUUUUGUAGUUGAAACUAAGAAUAAUAGCUCCUAUAUUGUAUUUGAGCAAACACAAACAAGGCUAAUUUUUAAAGGUAGCUGUUACCUUUUUUAUGGGAAAAUAUCUAAAUGUUCCAGGGAAUCUUUUCCUCUUAUUUUUUUACAAAUUUAGAAAGUGGUAUCUCUUUACAUUGUCUACAUUUGAAGUGGAAAAAAUAGCAUGGGUUGGAAUAUCAGAUGGUGAUGCAAUAGUGAUGAAUCCCUUGCACAGUAGCAGCAUCUAGGAAGACACGAUCUACGCAAACUGAUCCUACAGUGUAAGCCAGACUUCAUAUGCAUUGCUGGAGGAAUGAAUGCGUUACUGGCAGAGCUUCUAUACAGUGAGUGGAGUGACAGUGGAGAUUUUACAUCUGAAGAUUUGGCUGGAUUCAGAGAGUCCAAGAAUGAAGUUCAGGUACUAAAGAGUGGAGAACAGUGGGUUUUGCUUCCCAAUAUAAUGAAAAUAGAAUUUAUGGAUUAUUGACCAAUUUUCAGCUCUGGUGAAGCCAGUGGAGUUCUUGCCACAGACUUCAAGGGACUUUAGAUCAGGCCUGAAAAAAAAAUGGCAUAUUUCAUUUCUAAUGUAUUACAAUGAUUGGGAUUUGAGGUGAUUCAGAAAUUGUCAUAUAAAUGACCUGUCUUUCAUGCACUGGUUGUGUCUGCACGUCCUAGUGGGUAGGUAUUUUGAUGUGAGCUCAGUGAAAGCCCAGCUCUUCAACCAGUGGUGUGCUUCAGUCCAAGAUUUGUCCAGCUUCCCAGCUUUUAACAGCAGUUCAUGGCAUAAUGACACAAUCAGAUGGAAUAUACCUGUUUCACCAAGAUGAACUGCUUUACUCACAUGAGUAUUACUGGUCUCAGAACAUAAAAAGAGCCACGGAUGCCAAACAUCUGUGCAAUGUACACGUAUAACUUCAGUUUAACAAUGUGGAAAGGGCUGGAUUUUCAAAUCAUCAUUAUAAGACCUGUUCAUGAUCCUCAUGUCAAGAAGCUCUUCCUCAGCAUGCUGGCCAUCAGAACUACUCACCCAUGUCACAGGUGGAGCAAAUUCAACAUGCUUUAACAUUUCUACCUGAAUUUUGCUUAUGUGUUUGUUUUAAGCAUUCCCACCAUUAAAAUUGUUGUUAGUCAAUAUGCUUCUGGAAAGAUGUCACCCUAAUAUUAAGCAAAGACACUUUAGGAGGAAAAAAAUUCUAUGAAAGACUCCAACAGUAUCUUCACCCUCUGACUGGAUUUUGCAUUUUUUUUUACAUCAUUAGUUUGAAAUAUUACAAUGUAUUUUCUCAUUGAUUUCUUCUCUCAGAUGUCAGUAACAGGAACAUUUCAUUGCUGUUCCAGUCAUUUUCAGAAAGAUGUGGAAGAGAACUGUGGCUUGGUACCAUUUCCCAUUGAUUUUUUGUUACAAGUGGCAGCUUGCAAUCAAGAAAAAUAAUAUAAAAAAAUCAGCUGUCUUCUAACCUGUAUUAUUUUAAAAGUUUCCUGUUGCUUUUCAAAUUAAAUUUCCAACUUUUCCCAGAAUAUUCUGCAUCUGACAGCACAUACGAAGCUCUUGGCUCAUACUGUUCUGGAUAGAUUUAAUGUCUUCACGUGACAAGCUGCAAUUUGUGUUUUUCUUGCCAACAACAAAUAGUAACUACGUACCACUGAGGUCCAUUUUUCAGAGGAGGAGGAGAGCAGAGGGUGGACUUUAAAAGCUGUAGGAUGAAGGAUAGUCCACACCAUUAUAUUUCUAUUCCAGAGGAACGUUUUAUGCAGUCCUUAAUGUGACUGUUAUCAUUCAAAUGCCUUCAGAAUAAGGAGAUACCAACAAAUGAUGCUGGAGGAAGAAUUCAUUCUCAGUAUCAGUGCUGAAGACCGUCUGUCUUCCUGCUAUAAAUUUUCUGGUUUUAUUUUGUUCAGAAGAAGAACAAGUUGCUAAGUCAACAUGUCAAGGCAUCAAACUCUUGAACUGUGUUUACCACCCUUGAAAAUUCUCUGAAGCACUCCUUGAGUGUGUGUUGUGUUCUUAACCAAAGCCAAAUGUCUUGAGCACUUUUUUUCUCUCAUGAACAUUUUCUUCCUAUUUUUUCUGACUACAUGAUUGAUUAUGAUAAUCAUUUUUUUGUUGUUGUUUUGUUUGCUGUGAUGGUGGGGAGUCUCACUCAAUCGUUCUUUGACAUUUUAUUUAUUUAAAUUUUCAGUAUGGUAUGAAUCAAAAUAAAUUUUUUACUGUAAUCAAA